AUGAAGAACUGCAUGAUGGCUGACCAGCGGGGCCGCAGCAUUUUGAAGCACAAGCCUGUCGUGGGCGAUGAGGUGCUCGAGUUUAGCCGCGGCCUCGCACCAUCCACCUUCGGCUUCAGGUAUGCCGCCUACAUGGACCGUAAUCUUUUCCUGCCAAGUGGGCGAACGGCGGUGAAGCACAUUGCUGAUCCGACUUUGGCGUAUGUAAUGACGCGGUACAGGCAGUGCCACGACUUUGUGCACACCAUUACCGGUUGUGGCCGCUCGAUAGAGGAGGAGCUGGCGGUGAAGAUCUUUGAGUAUAAGCACACGGGUCUGCCUCUUGGGCUGCUUUCGCUGCUGGGUGGAGCGCCGCAUCUGUCAGCAGCGCAGUGGGCACGCAUGCGGCUCUAUUGGGAGUGGGCCUCUCGCAACGCGCCUUGCUCCCGCCACGGGGAGCCCGCCGUGCCCAUGUACCUUAAUGUGCCGUGGGAAGACAUGCUCGCCAAGGAAUACGAUGAAGUUGUGGCGUAUACCGGUAUUACACCGCUGCAUGAAUUCCUCGGGAGGCGCCAGAAGCAAUGA